AUGAACCCCGGGGAUACUGUUGGAGCCAUUGUCGGUUUGUUUGUUGCUGUCUUCGCAUUGACCUCUUUGACUCUUCUCUUGUGGUUUUACAGAAAAAAACGUAAACGCGAGUUACCUGCUUCUUCCCAGAAUGAUGCUCGGCAACAACAGACGUCUCAAACAGUCAUUAAUACAUAUAAUGAUAUGGUGCUUGUAUCUGGUACAAACCGGAACCAGAAUGACGUCGUCUUCACAACUUUAACUACAACUACAACGAAUGAUGUUCGUAAUGAUGAUAUCUAUGUAGAAAAUAAAGAGGGAGAGUAUGACCAUUUACAUUCAUCUCGUCCAAAACAAGUUGUAUCAGAAAUGGAAAAUGAGAGAUAUGCAACAUCUACUGAGCUGGAAGAUGUUUCUUACUCUACAGUUAGAAAAAGCAGGAACUCUGUUCCAGAUUGUGAUAACGAGUACGAUAGCAUGGCGGCGUCUUUAGACAACAAUUUCCGAUCAGUUGCCAAUCCGGACUACGAAUUUACCAGUCAAGCCAAGAAAAGGUUGUUAGCGUAA